AUGGUUCUUGUUGAAAUGUCAGAUGGUGCCAAGAAGUGGAAAUGCAAAUGGUGUGGCAAGUUGUACACCUAUGAUGCGAGAUGGAAAAGCACUUCUAAUGGUAAGAAGCACUUAGAGGCUUGUAUCCAAAGAAAGUUGAGGUUGAAAGGUAAUACUGAUAAAGACAUGGUACAAUAUAGGUUAAAUAUAGAUGGUAAUAGUGAUGAUAGUACACCUAGUAUUGCAACUUGGACUUAUAAUCAUGCUAGGGUUAGAGAAGUUGUUGCACAUAUGACUUUAGGUCAUGAAUUUCCUUUUUAUGUUAUGGAUGGUGUUAUCUUUAAUGAGUUUCUUAGAGAAAUUUAUCCUUGGUAUAAAAAGAUCACUAGGCAACAAGUGAAAUUUGACUGUGAGACAUUCUAUGAGGCUGACAGAGCUAAGAUGAAAAAACCUAUGUCUUUGAUUAAUAGAAUUAGUCUUACAACUGACCUUUGGUGGUCUGGUGAGCAGAAAAUUGGAUACAUGACUGUGACUGGUCAUUUUAUUGAUUCAAAAUGGCUGCUUCACAAAAGAGUUUUGUCUUUUAAGAAUGUGCCACCACCACAUUCUAGGGAGGUUCUUUGUAGGGAGUUGAUUAAUGUGAUGGAUGAUUGGGGUAUAAGGGAUAAGGUUGUAUCAAUUUCUGUUAGGUUGAAGAGAGAUUAUUCUGGUAGGAGAAAUCUACCAGUGAAUGGAAAGUUGUUUCAUGUGAGAUGUUGUGCACACAUCUUGAAUUUGCUGGUUCAAGAUGGUCUUGAUAUGAUUAAGGAGGCUGUUGAUAAAAUAAGAAAUGGUGUCAAAUACUUGUUAAAUUCUGAAACUAGAUGUAAAUCUUUCAAGAAAUUUAUUGAUGAGUUGCAACUUGAAGGCAAAAAACAGGUAUUGGAUACUAAGACUAGAGAUGUCUGGCCUAGAUAUGCUGAAGAAAAUGGUGCAUUUCUAAAUUUUUUGCCUGAUGCAAAUGAUUGGGAAGAUGUUCAUGAUAUUUGCAAGUUUUUGGACAUUUUUGCUGGUGUUACUUCUAUUAUUAGUGGCACAUCUUACCCAACUGCUAACUUGUUUUUGGCUGAGCUGUACAGGGUUAAGGUUUUACUUGAUAAACCUACAAGUAUAUCUAAUAAUCCCCAGCUACAGGCCCUUGCUAAUGAGAUGAAGGUGAAAUAUGACAAAUAUUGGUUCGAGUCUAACACAUUAAUUUCAAUUGGUGUUGUUCUAGAUCCAAGGUAUGAUGAUUUCUAUUGGUGCAUGUCUCUGCCUAUGAUGAAGAUUGCUUAA